CAUACAAUACGUUAGGAUGAAUACGGAGCUUAUUCAUCAGUUUGGUGUCGCAGACUACAUUGUGUUUGGUAUUCUUAUAUUUGGUUCCGUGGCGAUUGGAAUAUUCUUCGCAAUAAGAGACAAGCGUCACAACACGACGUCAAAUUAUUUCCUAGGUGAUCGCAAGCUUGGAGCGUUUCCUGUUGGACUAUCGUUUGUUGUUACUUUCCAAUCGUCCAUCCUCAUUUUGGGAUUUCCGGCGGAAGCAUACGCAUAUGGCCUCCAGUAUGCAAUGCAAUGCAUCGGUGUCCUGGCCGGGUACUUACUAGCCGCGUUGAUAGCAGUCCCAAUUUUCCAUCCGCUAAAAAUCACCAGCGUCUACGAGUAUUACCAACUACGUUACGGAACGAACGCGGUGCGUUAUGUCGCGCUGACGUUGGGCGUUAUUCACUACACGUUCUACAUGGGCAUAGUAAUGUACGGGACGGCGCUGGCUCUAGAAUCGGCGGCGGGUCUUCCGCUCUGGUCGUCCAUAGUGAUGUUCUCCUUGGCCGCCAUCAUCUACACGUCAAUCGGAGGGUUCAAAGCCGUUAUCUGGACAGACGUCUUUCAGUCGCUUAUCAUGAUUAUAGGCAUUCUCGCAGUUCUGAUCAAGUGUACCAUUGAAGCCGGCGGACCGGCAAACAUCGGUCGACUAAGCAGCUCCCGAGUGAACCUGUUUAAUUUCAACCCAGAUCCGACAAUCAGGCACUCCUUCUGGACUCUGGUUUUCGGCGCACCCACUCAGUUCUUUUACCUGGCCAUAACACAAGCCGGGAUUCAACGUAUCAAUUCGACUCCGACCAUAAAGGAAGCACGACGAAUGUUCUUUAUUGCAUCACCUAUUUACGCACUUACAUGGAUACUUGUACUUUUCCAAGGACUCACAAUAUUUGCAUACUACAGCAACAAAGGAUGCGAUCCUCUCGGGUCAGGACAAAUAAAGAACUUGAAUCAGAUCAUUCCGUUUACUAUGCUGGAACUGUUUCAUGACUACCCAGGUCUACCUGGGCUCUUUAUUGCUGCUUUAGCAGCCGCUUCGUUGAGCACCAUCUCAUCCGGACUUAAUAGUCUAGCUGCUGUCACUUACGAAGACUUUAUCAAAGUAUUUGCACCUAACAUUAAAGACACAACCGGGGCCAAUAUUUCCAAAUUUGUGGUCGUACUAUAUGGUUUGAUUUCUGUUGGGUUUGCGUUCUUGUUAUCCAAUGUUGAAGGACCACUAGGACAGGUUAUGGCAGCGUUUAUGGGUGCAAUCAGUGGGCCGGAGGCUGGCUUGUUUUUGGUGUCAGUUUUCUUCUAUAAAGCCCGACCAAAGGCUGUUAUCAUAGGAACUUUCACAGGGGUUGCGUUUAUAUUAUGGAUAACGUGUGGUCAGAACUUUUCGGCAUCCAUACCCAAAGCCCCUUAUCUUCCCUCAGGUCCAACGGACCAAUGCCCCAGCUCUUCAAAUGGUACAUCCAUGUAUUCUAACUCAAAUAGUACCAUUCGGUAUUCCAACUACACCAACGAGAACGAAACAUCAUCUGUACGCAUGAAUAUCUCUGAAAUUACCCAUACCACGACGGAAUCUGGCCAUUCUGAGGUUCAGUCUCACUCUGCCUUGAAUACGUUUUACAGUAUUUCUUACAUGUACUUUAACCUCAUAGGAGUAAUAACUGUAAUCCUAGUAUCGACGAUAAUAAGCCUGUUCAUCCAGCCCGAAAUUCCUGAACCAAUCCACGCUCACACUACACUUCCGUUUUCCAUUUUCAUCCCGCCAUUUCUUAAGAAGAGGAUCCUGGGAAGAAAGAAGAACAUAUCUGCGUGGCAAAAUGGGACUGCCAAUGGGAAUGGUGAUCUGGAAGAGAGUGUCCCUUUGAAAUAAAAGAUAGCUACUGCUGGUUUUUCAAGUCCACUGAAAACUACAUAUAUGCUUCGAUUGACGACUUCUAUACACUUUUCAUUGAGCACAUUCGGAACGCUGCCGUGGAAAUAAAACUAUUUUUAAUCUUCAAAAAUGAUCGUUUGCUACAGACAACUAUUACAAUAUUGAGACGAAUUGUGUGCGAUAUUCUCUAACACGAUGUUAAACAGUGUGUGUAUACCACGUGAUAAAUUGCGUCAUAAAUGCUACGUCGGAAGGCAAUACAUGUAUUUUGCUUCGAAUGAAAACAAAGAUAACUUUCCUAUUUCUUCACCAACAAACAUUUUAACAAUACGGCCGUCUGACGGAGCACUGUCAAAUCAUUAUUUUGGAAACAGGUUUGUCGAAGUGUUUGAUGAAACUAAUUACCUUAUCAAACUCCGGUAUUAAAUUGAAGGCGUGGCUCUUUUAGCGGCAUAGACUGCCCUUUGUUUCAUUUCGAAUGGUGUAGUAAAAGAAAAGCUAUCUUUGAAUUUUAAAAGUCUUCAUUUUAAGCAAAAUGUUGCCUUCUGAUGUAGCAUAUAUGGCGUAAUUUAUCACGUGGUAUACACACACUGUAAAUGAAUAACAGUAAUAUGAACUGUAUGGUUAUUGUUGUUGUAAUGUCAUAUUGACAUCUAUGUUUUCAUCAAAUUUAUACCUUUUGACCUGACAUACGGCAGGGAAACCCUAAACACUCAGAAACUCGACCAACCGUUCUUUUCACAUUUUGCUGGCUUAACAUUGAAAG